GCGAUAAAGCUUGAGCAUCCUGUGGAUGUCACGAACCCAGUGGAUGAAGUAGCCACUUUGGCUGUUGCGGCGUGCAUGGACCUCCCAAAACGAGAGCUGAUGCAUCAGAGGAAGCUUAACUUGCUGAAGGCUAAACUUCUUGUGAGACAGCUAGACCAAAAGGAGGCCGAGUUGCAUGAGAGCUUCCCACCCUGGUACCGGAAAGUCGUGGCUGACAAAAAGAUCUUGGCUUGGGAAGCACUGCUUCAGACUUACGGCUACGACGACAUGGAGGCAGUCAAAUUCCUUCGACAGGGCGUGAAGCUGGUGGGCGAGUCAGACCUGCCGGAAUGCUUCAAGCCGAAGCUGGUGCCAGCGAUGAGGUUGUCGAGGCAUGCAAGUGAUGAGGACCACGUCAAACAUUUGCAUGCUGCGACAGAUGAAGAAGUGA